GAGGCCCCCGCGGCCGCGGCGCGCGAGGCGGCGCCCGCGGUGUCCGUGGUGGUGUGCGAGGCGGCGCCUGCGGCGCCGGCGGCCGCGGCGCUCCCGCUGCCGCCGAGCCGAGCUCCGAGCCCGGACGCGUCGAGGAGCCCGAGUGGCGCCAGCAGAGGCGCCAGCAGUGGCGCCAGCAGUGGCGCCAGCAGCGCGCGCAGGUUUCGAGUGCCCCUGCCAGAGCCGCCGGAGCCGGUGCAGAUCAGCGCCCGCCGGGCCCCCAGGCUCGCGCUGUCCCCGCCAGAGCAGCUGGAGCCGGCGCAAGUCAGCACCCGCCGGUCCUCCAGGCUGGUGUUGCCCUUGCCAGAGCAGCCGGACCCUUCGCAGGUGAGCGCGCGCCGGACCUCCAGGCGCCUGAGCCGGUCGGUGUCCUCGGAGGCCGCGUCGGCGCUCGCCCGGCUGGCAGUGCCCGCCAGCGCCAGGGGCACGAGCUCGAGAGCGGCUUCUCCUCGCGGUCCCGUGGCGGACUCCCGGUCGGCUUCUGCGGAGGCCGGCGCGCGGAGGAGCAGGCAGGCCUCCAAGGAGGAGGGCGUCAGCGAGUCGUGCAGGCACCGCUGGCUCGUCGUCUUCCACCGGAUCAAGUACGACGGGGAGGUGCACAAGCAGCGCGUGACGCAGGCGCUCGAGCUGGCCGGCUUCCUGCACCCAGACCCCGUCGUGAUCGAGGAGGCCUUCUCCUCCGUGAGCCCGAUCUACGAAACCCUGGCCAUGCGGGAGUUCACCAGGUUUGUGGAGAACUUCGAGGUUCUGGAGUUUGAACUGUUGGAGCAGGCCUUCGACGACGUGGCCGCCGCGGAGUCGCAGGGCGAGGCGGGCGACGAGGUGCCCGUCGAGGCGUUCCCGGACAUCGCCCGCAUGGCGAUGCCGAGGCUGCACCUGCUGAGCGCUCCCCUGGAGGAGGUCCAGGAGGAGCUCGGCAAGCUGAACGGGCACGGGACCCUGUGCCUGGAAGAGGUCAGGCGCGGCAUGCGCCUGCUGCGCAGCAACGGCUGCUUCACCGAGGAGGAGCGGCGCCGCUUCGCAGCGGCGUUCCGCAGGUUCGCCACCGACACCGCCAAGACCACCCUGGACGGGGCCAAGGUCAUGGACCCGCUCGUGGUGCCGAGGGCGGCGACGUGGCUGGGUGUCUCCCUGCCGAUGGACGAGAUCGCCGCGGCGGUGGACGAGGUCCUGACCAAUGUCGCGGAGUUCAACGAGAACGACUUCCUGAGCUGCAUGUGGAAGCUGCGACAGUACGAGCUCACGAAGGUGGAGGCCGCCAUCAAUCAGGAGCUGGUGGCCACUGCCCGCGCGGACAGCCCGGCGGACUCGCCCGCGCGGUCCGGGCAGCGGCGGUCCGUGUCCGGGCCGCGGCGGUCCCUGUCUGGGCCGCGGCGGUCCGUGCUGGGCGUGGCCGCGGGCGUGAGGAGCCAGGAGGGCGAGCUCCUCGAGAGUCUGAAGACCAUCCUGAGGGCGACCGGGUCCUUCCCCGACCUGUGCUCCGUGCGCGACGCGGCGGAG